AUGGCGACUACAACACUUCAACUCUACUGGGAUCUCGCCUCAUUCGACCCAAAUGUGAGGCAAACCGCCGCUCAGUCUCUUAUAAAAACACUCGCAGACUUUCAAAAGACACAUGAAGAAAACUUGGAACAGCUCAGCAUUGCAGACACAGAAGAAAAACUAGAUGCUCUUUGUGCAUCGGAUGUAUCAUAUGCUGUACGUCGUCUUAUUAGAGGUCUCUCUUCUUCUCGACAAGGUGCUCGUCAAGGCUUUUCUCUAGCUUUAACUGAGUUGUUAGCUAUUGUCGACCUAAUUUCUACUAAACUUGUGCUUGAUCUCUUGUUUAAAUGGACUGAAGUGACUGGAUCAUUGAAAGGAGACGAAGUACGUGACAUGCUCUUUGGUCGUCUCUUUGGCUUAAUGUCUAUUGUUGCCGCUGGCAUGAUCACAAGAGAAUCGACCACAACUGAUGACAUUGUUCGCAUCUUGACAAGUUUACACGAAAUGGGCUCUUUAAAGUCUUACUUGGCUGAAGUGUGUCACCAUGUUGUGAUUAAUAUGCUCCCUUAUGUCAAGGACACUCAACACCAGGAAAUUGCUGUUGAAAAGAUAAAGGAACUCUAUUUCAACGGCCCUAUCAGUAAUGUUGAUCAGCUUAAUCUUGUGAUAGCACUUCAACAACUUAACAACGUUGACUUGACCGAACAGUUUGCCAACUGGAAGAGUCAGACCAUCCUGGCACCUGCCAAUUUGCCUCGAUUAGCACGUAUUCUUCGUGAAGCACCUGAAGAUCCCCAGGAAUCUACCGCAGAAUGGAAGCCUCAGUUGCAUUCUGUCUGGGACCCUAUCUUGGAUGUUUACUUUCAGUCAAAACAGCCCAAGGGAAUUGCCUCUUUUCAAGAGUUUUGGAUUGUGUGUGUUGACAAUUCCAUGUUUGAUAUUAAUGCUAGCCAUGGACGUAAGUUCUGGGGAUUCCAACUUGUUGAAAAGGUGUUGCAUCGCUUAUCCCCUGAGCAAAUGCCUCUCAUCUUUACGGCUAACUUUAUGAGAACCUUUAUCAACAACCUUUCAUCUGAUGUUCGUUUCCUUUAUAACGCUGCUAGACAUACUGCACAAGAAAUUCAAUCCGUUGCUGAAAAGAAUAAGAAAGUUGGCUUUGCUCUUGUCACCCAAUUGUUGGGUAAGCAUGGCCACCAAAACUUUGACAAGAUUACACGCACUAAGACCGUGGAGAACCUUCUGACGACUAUGGACGCUGAAGGAAUUCAAUCCUACUUAGAAUACCUUGCUGAAACAUUCACCAAUACCCAAGAGGAUGCUAGUGAAACUAGCCGUCAAUGGGCAUUAAACCAGAUGACACUCUUGGCAACAAAUACUAAAGUACCAAAGCAGGAAGAAUGGGUCAUUAAGCUUGUUGAGUUCAUGAUGACUUACGCAUUCUUUAAUGUCAAAACAGCAAGCAAGAAAAACAAGUCGUCUUAUUUAAGCACAUUGCAUAAGCCUUCGCCACCUCUCUCGGCUACUACUGUCAAAUAUUGUCAAGACAAAUUCCAAUUUGUAUUGGUUGGUUUGUCCAAGCUGUCUCCCUUAGACAAUCAAAAGAUUGAAGCUCUCAAGUCUCACAAGCGUGAUGGAUACAUGAAGAAUAAUGAACUUUGGGUACACAAAGUCCUUUCAAUCUAUCAAGCAUUGGAAAAAAACAACAGCUUGACACCUCGUUUAGAGCUUGCCAAGGAAACCAAGGAAAUGAUUGACAAGGCAAUGAAGAAGGUUGAAAAAUUGGACGCUAAAAAGGAUGAAGAUAACUAUGAAAGCUUAGAACGUGGUUUCCAAAUCUUACUUCUUUAUGUCAUUACACAUGUUUGGUACAACGAAGAAGAAGGAGUGUCUAUCCUUUCCGAAUUGAUGGAUUGUCAUCAAAAGUUAUUCGCUGAAAAGAAGAGCAAAAAGAAGAGCAAAGAAGAGCAGCCUGAUCCUAUAGAUGUCGUUGUGGACAUCUUGGUUUCGUUCUUGACCAACCCAUCGCCUGUACUCAAAAAUAUAGCUGAAAGAGUGUUUGGUAUCUUUUCACACAAGCUAACCAGACAAUCACUUGAAAUUCUGUUGAACAUCUUGGCCUCAGGCGAAGACAAACAAGAAGAUGACUUAUUUGAUCAAGAAGAUGACGAAGAUGAUGAAGAGGAUGAUGAUGUGGAAAUGAUUGAUGCUGACGAUAUCGAAGAGAUUGAAGAUGAGGAUAACGAAGAUGUAGAUGAAGAACUUCGUCAAAAGGUCGAAGAAGCCAUGAAGGCUCAAGGAAUUAAUGCUGUAGAUGAUGAAUCAGAUGAGGACUUGGAUGAUGAAGCUAUGGCAGCCUUUGACGAAAAGCUGGCCGAAGUAUUUAAGCAAAAGAAGCUUGCUAAGCAAGAAAAGAACAAUAUGCAACAAAGCGUUGUUCACUUCAAGAACAACGUGAUGGAACUUGUAGCCAUUUAUGCCCGCAAGAAUCCUACGAACCCUCUUGUGCUUUCCUUGAUCACGCCUCUGUUGAACAUCAUUCGUUCUACACCUGUCAAAUCAGCCACGAAUCAAUUUGUCGAAAAGGUCGUUGCGUUCCUUAGAAACCGUUUGGCCAAAUCAACCGAAUAUCCCAAGGAUUACGCCGAUGACUCCGUCUUUGAUAUUCUUCAGUCUGUUCAUGACUUUGCCAAACACUCUACGUCUAAAGAAAUAUCCGAUAUGUGCGUCCAAUUGACCAUCUACUUGCGCAAAGUGAUUCUGAGCACUGGUGCUGAUUUUGAAAUAACAUCUGAUUUAGAUAAAAAGCAAAAGGUGCGCUUAGACAAGAUGCUGGCCAUAUAUGGUGAAUCAUGUAAGCUGUAUCUUAGCAAAAAAUCAACUGCUUUCUCGGCAAGUAUAGUUCAACAAUUAAUACAGCGUUACCCUCUAAGUUCUUGGGGUCUGUUGGAUACCUUAACUGCAUAUCUAAAUCGUGAAGCAUGCGCAAAUAACUAUAGAUUAACUAUGGUAUGUCAAUGGGUAGGCAUGAUCACUCAGCGUGCUGUUAGCAAGAAACAUAGUGUAUAUGAGGAAAAAUUCAAACAAAUGCUGCCUCAAUUGGCAGAGCCAAUAAAUGCAACUAUAGAACAAUGCCAACAAGAAAACAGCAAAAUAGACAAUCAAACCAGAAAGGCAUUUAACAAGCUUGUUUCCCAAUUAAUCAGGCUGUACAAUAACCUCGGAGUUGACUCUCCAUUUAAACCAUUGACUUCUUAA